GAGCUGUGUGCUUUGCUUUUGCCCGUCAACAAGUGAAGUAAUAGGCGGUGUAACUUAUUUAGUUCAAUCAAUUAAAGUAUUUUCAAUGAAAUUUGUACUCUAAAUAAGUUUUAAAGUUACAUUUAAAUAGUUCUUUCAUAGUUAAGUGAAAUAACAAUACAAAUGUGCCGGAAUUCCGUGUGUUACUAACGUAAAACCAGGCGUUUCCAUGGGCGUUAACUUCAGGCAGCUAACAAAAUCGGAAUUAUGAAUCUCAUAUCCAUAUACAUAUCAUUACUGAUAUUACAAUGUUACGGCCAAGACUAUAAUCCCACAUAUGAUCCGAGCCAACCAAAUCCAACCAAUGACUACUUUAACACAAACCCAAACGACCCCAGAUAUGAUGACAAGCGAUAUGAAAAUCCCUAUGACCCUCGAAACCCAACAAACCAGUAUAACAAUCCGUAUGACACAAGAAAUCGGUACCCAGAUCAGCGGUACAAUCAGUUUGAUAGUAGGAAUGAUCUAAAUUACAAUCAGAACAGGAAUGAUUUGAAUUUUCCGCAAGAUGUGACUCCUAGACCGGCGUGGGACAUACAGAGGUCUUAUAGCAGUGGCGCUAACGUGGAGCUGGAAGGACUUGUGGUGAAAGAAGCCACCUACUUCAUAGUCGCGUCCCGCAUGGUCCGCCCUGGCCAGAUAUACAAGAUCUCCGCGAACAUACUUCGUGCUCGCAUGCAGAUGACGGUGCGGGCGUCUAUCUCACGAGAUGGAGUAGAAAUGACAGAUGUUAGCAUGAGAGUAAAGGAGGGGGUGCCUGAGAUACUUAAUUUGAGGGUCCCAGCGACAGCAGUUCCUGGUGACUACAAGCUCCGAAUCGAAGGCUUAUACCUGGACAACCCGUUCGGCGGCCGCGCCUUCGUCAACGAAACGGCUCUGACUUUCUCUCGCCGAUUUAUGACUAUCUUCAUUCAGCUGGAUAAGCCGGUCUACAUGCAGAGCCAGACUGUGCGUUUCCGCGCCAUCCCGAUCUCGACGGAGCUGAAAGCCUUCGGGCGCGCCAUCGACGUUUUCAUUCUGGACCCCAACGGUCGCAUCAUGAAACGGUGGCUCUCAAGACAGAGUAACUUUGGUACAGUGAGCUUGCAUUACCAGCUUUCAGACCAACCAUUGUUCGGCGAAUGGACCAUCCGAGUUGAGGCUUUAGGACAGACGGAAGAAGCUCAGUUCUUGGUGGAAGAGUACUAUCAGACCAGGUUUGAGGUAAACGUAACUAUGCCAGCGUUCUUCUUCAACACUGAACAAUACAUCCACGGACGAAUCAUGGCCAACUACACCUCCGGAGCGCCUGUUAGGGGCAACCUCACCCUCAAGGCGACUGUCAGACCGAUACCGCAGUACCGGCCGCGGUAUUACAGAGAGGGACAGUUCAAUAAUAGAGGGCAGUUUGGAGUGCCGCCGGUUGGGUACAACAACAACCAAUAUUCGAGAGUCCGUCCAAACUUCAACCCCUACCUAUACAACGAGACGAACUACCAGCAAUACGAGUAUGGUUUCCCGGCCGAGUAUGGCAGGACAGACCACCGUCACCUACCAGGGCAGCCUAACCAGAUAGACCAACCUGAUUGGUGGUACGACCCGCAGAAGGUUUACACUAGGAUGUUCAACUUUGAUGAAAAAUACCCGUUCUGGAUGGAGAAGCCUCACUUGUACGACAGCCAGUACGGCGCCGACUACGCGAACCAGUACAACAACUACAACACACAGAACAACAUCAACACGGGGUACAACAACUAUUACAACAAUCCGGCGUACUACGACAAACUGCCGUACUUGAGAUAUUUCAACGGUACUUUCGACUUCAAAUACCCCAUGUCGGAGCUAGCCCAGCUAGUUCCCACACUCGACGGCGUCGAAGUCAUUAUCACAGCAUCUGUCGGAGCGUUCCUAGAUGACGUCAUCGAGGGCUACAGCAUCGCGAGAAUCUUCAACUCUUCACUGUCUGUGACGUUCCUCGGUGGGACGCCGCAGGUGUUCAAGCCUCAUAUGCCGUUCGAUGUCUAUAUGGUCGUCUCGUACCACGACGGAUCCCCGCUACCUCGCUGGCAAGCGGCGAGCGUGUCGCUCACGGUGCACGUCACGGUGGAGGGCCGCGGCGGCGGCGUGGAGCCCAUGUACCCCACGCUAGUGCCGGGCCACGACGCCGUGUGGAGGCUUAAAGUCGACCUGUACAAACUGCUCAAGCUUCAAAACGACCCGAACUUCCGCGACGUCCUGAACGGCGUGACCGGAGUCCGUUUAAGCGCCUCGCUCAACGACGGCGGCGGCGCGCGCGCCUCGGCCGACCUGCACGUGGUGGCGCACUACAGCCCGAAGCAUCAACACAUAAGGAUAUCCACCAGCACUACUGACGCUAGGGUGGGCGAAUACAUAAUAUUCCACGUCCAGAGCAACUUCUACAUCGAAUCGUUCAACUACGUCGUAAUGUCUAAAGGCAUCAUUCUCACCAGUGCCCAAGAAAAUAUGGAGGACGGCGUACGAACAUUUGCCGUGACUCUCUCAGCAGAGAUGGCGCCAGUAGCGACGAUCGUGGCGUGGUGCGUGGAGCGGCACGGCCGCGUGCUGGCCGACUCACUAACUUUCCCCGUCAACGGCAUCUCAAGGAACAAGUUCUCAGUAUCCAUUAACAAUCGCAAACACCGCACGGGUGAAAGGGUCGAGGUCGCCAUAUACGGAGAGCCCGGAGCUUACGUCGGCCUGUCGGGCAUAGACAACGCCUUCUAUACCAUGCAGGCUGGCAACGAACUCACAUAUGCUAAGGUGAUAUCUCAAAUGUCCCACUUCGACGAGGCAACAAACGGCACGUUCGCUUACACAUGGCGUUCACAUAUCGGUGUCGCCGAUCAACUGGUUUACUUCCCCUCAUCUACUUUUGGAAUCGACGCCAACACUACUUUCGAAUACGCGGGUCUAGUUGUCUUCAGCGACGUACCAGUGACGCAGCGCCCGAACGCUUGCAACGCGUCUCUCGGGCUCGGCACGUGCCUCGAGGGCGGCUGCUACCCGCUCAGUAAACGCUGCGAUGGCGUCUCUGACUGCGCCGACCACACCGACGAGGCCAACUGCCAACACGACAACAGCUUCGAGCUGUCCCACUUCCGCAAGUUCCGGUUCAACCGCGUGCAGCGGCAGUACGACAACGUGUGGCUCUGGCGCGACGUGAACAUCGGCCCGCACGGCCGCUACGUGUUCACGGUGGACGUGCCCCGCGUGCCCGCGCACUGGACCGUGUCGGCCGUCAGCAUGUCGCCCACUAGUGGGCUCGGCAUGCUGUCCUCCCCGGAGCACUACAUAGGAGUGCUGCCAUUCUUCAUCCAAGUGGAGGGUCCGGACCGCUGCCGACAGGGCGAGCAGGUCGGGCUGCGCGUGGUCGUGUUCAACUACCAGCCGCAGGCUGUGGAGGCGGUUGUUGUGCUGUCUGCUUCGCCGGACUACAAGUUCGUGCACGUUGAGGAAAAUGGCAUCGUCCGCUCAUACAACCCUCGUACAUCAUUUGGCGAGCACCAGUUCUUCGUAUACAUAUCAGCAGGCGACGCGGCAACCGUGCAUGUGCCCGUCGUGCCAACACGCCUCGGCGACAUACACGUGCACUUGCACGCUUCUACCCUUCAAGGCCAACACAAGUACAUUAAGAAGAUCACUGUUGAGGCGGACGGUCUUCCCCAGCAUCGACAUCAAUCAGUUCUCCUCGAUCUCUCGAACCGCGCCUACGUCUUCCAAUACAUGCACGUCAACGUCACAGAAACACCGAUCAUCCCUUACGAAGUCGACCGCUACUAUGUCUUCGGAUCUAAUAGAGCGAGGGUCUCUAUCGUCGGAGAUGUCGUCGGCCCGUUGUUCCCUACAAUGCCGAUCAACGCUACUUCUCUACUGAGGUUACCUAUGGACUCAGCGGAACAGAACAUGUUCAGUUUCGCCGCCAACAUGUACUUCACCCUGUACAUGCGUCUCAUCAACCAACGCAACAGGACUCUGGAGAAGGACUCCUUCUACCACAUGAACAUAUUGUACCAGCGGCAACUGUCCUUCAUGAAGCCUGACGGGAGUUUCAGCUUCUUCCGAAGUGACUGGAACCAAUCAGCGUCGAGCGUGUGGCUGACGUCGUUCUGCGCUAAGAUCUUCCAGGAUGCCUCCUUCAACGAGUGGGAGAACUUCAUCUACAUCGACCCGGAUGUGAUCUCGCAAGCUGUAUCCUGGGUCCUCGAGCAUCAAACUCCCGCGGGCGCCUUCUACGAAGUCACGUGGCUACCGGAUCGCAACCAGAAUUCCACCAUCAACGUGCCCAAGGACAACCCGCAGAUCAGAGAAAUGGUGGGGAUUGGAGGGGUCAGGGACGUGUUCGGAUCAACUGCUACUGAGAUAAACAACACAAUAAUAUUACAACGGAACAUCACGUUGACUGCCCAAGUGGUCAUUACUCUUGAAACCGUCAAGAAUCUCAAGGACAUUGGCGUCAGAGAGGGUCUGUCAGCUCGCGUGGUGCAAGCCCAACAGCGCGCAGUAUCCUGGCUAGAACAGCACCUGAAAUUGUUGCAAGACUUUGGCGACCCUUACUCCAUGGCUGUGGUUGCAUAUGCACUCACGGUGGCCAAGGCGUCUAGUUCAGAACACGCUUACAAGCUGCUCAAGGGAUUCCAGAGAGCUGAAGGUGGACUAGUAUACUGGGGUAAAGAGCGCGUCCCGCAACCCCCCUUCAAGAUGGAGAACCAAAAGCCGUUCUUCCUCCCUCGCCUGCCAUACAAAUACGACUCAUACAACAUCGCCGCCACGUCAUACGCGCUGCUAGCUUGUAUGGACCAUCAGGAUAAUAAUGAGGCUAUAGUCAUGUGGCUCAACUCUAUGAGGCUUACGGAUGGAGGAUGGGCUUCCACUCAGGACACAUACGUCGCCCUACGCGCGCUGAUUGAAUACACCAACCGCAAACGUCUCCGGGACGUAUCCGCCCUCACUGUGACCGUCGACGCUGUGGCGCUGCAGGGCGCCUCGCGGGUCCUGCACGUCGAGAACAACAACAUCGCCGUCAUGCAGUACAUCGACAUCCCAGAAGCCUGGGGCACAGUGAAGGUGGAAGCCCGCGGCGCCGGCUACGCGAUCCUGCAGAUGUCCGUCCAGUACAACGUGGACAUCCCGCGCUUCCAGACCGAGCCGCCGGCGCGCGCCUUCUCGCUGCUGGCCCACGCGCACUUCCACGGACGGAACCAGUCGCACAUCGAGUACCAGGCCUGUGCUAGCUGGACCUACCUAGAAGAGUCCCCUCGCUCCGGCAUGGCAGUCCUCGACGUGGCCAUCCCAACCGGCUACAUGAUCCAGCAACAACGACUAGACGCCUACGUGCUAUCCCGACGGGUUGCCUUGCUCCAGCGAGCCAAGUAUCUGCCUACGCAGCUGCUGUUCUACUUCGAAUACUUGGACUCUGAAACGACGUGCGUGAACUUCACGAUCGAGCGCUGGUUCCCGGUGGCCAACAUGUCUCGCUUCCUGCCUAUCCGCAUUUACGACUACUAUGCACCUGAGCGCUACAACGAGACGAUAUUCGACGCACUGCCGACCUACCUCCUCAACAUCUGCGAAGUGUGCGGCUCCUCGCAGUGUCCCUACUGCUCCAUAUACAACGCGGCCGCGCGCCCCGCCGCCGCCGGCACGCUACUGCUCGCGCUGCUCACUGUGGCCACACACCUACGGAAUGCCACGUAACACGUAGGCAAUGUAGGAUACUUCUAGUUGACUUGAACCAUCAUUCAUACUGCGGGAUUUUACGGAUGACGUCCGCUAGCAGAGGACUUUUUUCUACUUUAAAUAGAUACAAAUUAAACCUAUGCUGACGUCAUUUAUGAAAACUUUUGACGGUUGACAACCACAUUAGGCGGGUCCACACAGAGAGUAGCGUCGCGAGGUAAUGUCCUAUAAUAUGUAUAGAUAGGUAAGCCUCGGCCGAGGCUCAAGUUUUCUUUGGUGGCCUACCUCACGACGCUACUUUCUGUAAGUGGUACCCGCCUAUUUUGACAACUUAUUUGCAAACUUUAUUGAAGAUAAAGUUUACUAAUGAUUACAUUUUAGAGCAUUUAUAUUAUUUGGAAUGUUUCCCCACUUAAAUGUGAUUGAUUUAGUAGUGUUUGGUAAAUGAAGGUGAAAUUACCUAAUUUGAAAAGUGUAAAAGAUGUAUAAAAGAUUUUUGUAUGAAUAAUUUGGAAUACCUCUACUUCUCCAUAAAUAGGUAAUUACUGUUGAUAAUAUCUAUCAGUAAAAAUGUUUUUUCUCUUUUCAAUUUAUGAAGUGCUACAAAAUAGUAUCUCACGUAUGUUUGAAGAAAUACUUGUGUGUUAAUUAUAUUAUGAUCUGUGCCUGUAUUUGACUGUAUGUGAAUCUCAAGUACGUAGUUCAACAUGUAAUAUUUUUUUAAAACACUACAUAGGUACUUAUUUUAUCGCCCAUUGAAACUACUUAUGUUUUUCUAUAUAUACAAUAUUCACAUUUUUAUGUGUACCAUUUUAUGUAAAAAAAGUGUAGAUUUAAGCUUGCAAUCAUAUCAACAUAUUUUGUCGUACAUAAUAUAUCGGCAUUCGGCAGCUAAAUGUACCAAGGCAGUUAUUUAAAUAUGACUUUGAACUGCAUUUAUAAUUAUAACCUUUUAAUAAGGUUUACUUUAUUCUAGAAUCUCUUUGUUAUUGUAUAGUUUAGAUGAUUUUUAUUAACCACCGUUUGAUAUUAGCUUAAAAAUCGUAUCUUUUAAAACUGCUUUUGCUGUAUUAAACCAUGCCUUAUUUUAUUUCUGACUAAAAUUUCCUUUAAAAAUAUAUUAAAUUUUCUUUUCCUUCGUAGUCAAGGUAUUAAUAAAUAGAGUUGCGUACAAAGUCCCAAACAUAUAUGUAUCCACAACGUGAACGUGAUUUGGAUUUUCGUUAAGGGCGCUCUAAAUUGCUUCGACAUAAAAUUAAUCGAUCAUUUCAAUACUCCACUAUGUAGCCACAGCCACUGCAAGCAAUUCAGAGGUUGCUCGUAGCUCUAGCUACUGGAAGCAAGCAUGCGAGUGGAUAAGGACGACGUGUAUACAUAUUUUUGUCACUUUAUCCGCAUCUAUAUUUUACCUUGACUGUACCUGUAUUUGUAGACGUAAGAAAUAAAGCAACCUGACUAUAAGAGUUUUGAAUGAUUCACGUUUAUUUUCAUUAGACUUAUAUUGACCGGGAUAUAGGGAGCUCGACAAAAAUCAAAAAGGUAAUCACGGUCAAUAUAAGUCUAACCUGACUAUACUUCACUUAUAGCUAUGUAAAGAGACCUUGUCCAUUCCAACAUGGUUUGUAGUUAAACUAAAAUAGACUAGCCUUAGUAAACUUUGCUCGUACACCUGUACUAACCAGUCAUAGUGAAUGUUUUUUCAUAGCAUAUGAACUUUUUAUUCAUACAUCAUCAAACUUCGUCAUUUUUAUUUUUUACUCAAUUUUAGUUCUAAGAUUAUAUUUGUAUUCAUUCUGCCAAUGUUUUAUUCGUUGGUGCUGUCAGCAUUUAUUUAUUUUCUUUUUUAUCUUUACCCUAAAAAUUUUCAUUUUAAUUUUGAUGUCUCCAUGUACCUAUUAUAUCUUUAUAAUAUACUACAACAUAUCUGAAUUAUAUAUUCUAAAACUUCUAAAAUGAGAGAAAUAGUUAAAAGUUUAAAAGAUUUUAAUAUGUAGCAUAAAAUGCAACCUUGCCUUUUGGACAAAAAAAUGAUAGCAUUUCAACCAAUUAAAAUGUAUGUAUAUAAAAACAGAUCUUAGUGUGUAUGUUAGAUGUAAGAAUUAUCUUAUUUCCUUUUUGUAAUUAUGGGAAUGAAUCAUUGCGAUACUGAAUCACAUGUCAAUAACAUUGCCUUGUUAGUUUUGUAUCAAAAUAAAAUUAAUCACAAAAAUAUUUUUGUAGACAAAAUUAUGGAUUAAUGUAGACUUAAAUUAGGUAGAUUGUUUGUGAUCAUUUAUGUAAAAAAAACUAAUCAGACUAAAGACAAUAUAGAAAGAUUAAAAAUGGAAUAUUAUAAUGCAAAGUUGAUGUACAAAAUGUAAACUCCCGUCCAGGUGUAUCUCGUCAAAUAUAUAAUAUAUUUAAUAAAAUAUUAUGGAAUGAAUCUCAAACUUCAUAAUGUUACUUAAGUAGUUUCCGUCCAAAUUACCAAUGACUGAUUUUUAUUAUUUUUUAUAUGUAUUUGUGUCUAAGUUGUACAAUUUAUGUGGUUAGUAGGAAUGAAAUCUCAAUUAUGACUUUCAUAGAUUUAUUUCCAAAUAAAAACCUUGUGCAAAAUA